AUGAAAGUGGGGGAAAAAAUGAACGAAAAGUUUCUUAACUUCCUGGCGAUGAGGACAAGGUUCCUGGCGCUGAGGACAAGGUUCCUGGCGAUGAGGACAAGGUUCCUGGCGCUGAGGACAAGGUUCCUGGCCGUGAUGACAAAGUUCCUGGCGCUGAGAACACGGUUCCUGGCGCUGAGGACACGGUUCCUGGCGGUGAGGACAAGGUUCCUGGCGAUGAGGACAAGAUUCCUGGCGUUGAGAACAAGGUUCCUGGCGGUGAGGACAAGGUUCCUAGCGGUGAGGACAGGGUUCCUGGCGGUGAGGACAAGGUUCCUGGCGGUGAGGACAAGGUUCCUGCCGGUGAGGACAAGGUUCCUGGCGGUGAGGACAAGGUUCCUGGCGCUGAGGACACGGUUCCUGGCGGUGAGGACAAGGUUCCUGGCGGUGAGGACAAGCUUCCUGGCGGUGAGGACAAGGCUCCUGCCGGUGAGGACAAGGUUCCAGGCGGUGAGGACAAGACUCCUGACGGUGAGGACACGGUUCCUGGCGCUGAGGACACGGUUCCUGGCGAUGAGGACAAGGUUCCUGGCGGUGAGGACAAGAUUCCUGGCGCUGAGGACAAGGUUCCUGGCGGUGAGGACAAGGUACCUAGCGUUGAAGACAGGGUUCCUGGCGGUGAGGACAAGGUUCCUGGCGGUGAGGACAAGGUUCCUGGCGGUGAGGACACGGUUCCUGGCGCUGAGGACACGGUUCCUCGCGAUGAGGACAAGGUUCCUGGCGGUGAGGACAAGAUUCCUGGCGCUAAGGACAAGGUUCCUGGCGGUGAGGACAAGGUUCCUGGCGCUGAGGACACGGUUCCUGGCGGUGAGGACAAGGUUCCUGGCGGUGAGGACAAGAUUCCUGGCGCUGAGGACACGGUUCCUGGCGGUGAGGACAAGGUUCCUGGCGGUGAGGACAAGACUCCUGACGGUGAGGACACGGUUCCUGGCGCUGAGGACACGGUUCCUGGCGAUGAGGACAAGGUUCCUGGCGGUGAGGACAAGAUUCCUGGCGCUGAGGUUCCUGGCGGUGAGGACAAGAUUCCUGGCGCUGAGGACACGGUUCCUGGCGAUGAGGACAAGGUUCCUGGCGGUGAGGACAAGAUUCCUGGCGCUGAGGUUCCUGGCGGUGAGGACAAGGUUCCUGGCGGUGAGGACAAGACUCCUGACGGUGAGGACACGGUUCCUGGCGCUGAGGACACGGUUCCUGGCGAUGAGGACAAGGUUCCUGGCGGUGAGGACAAGGUUCCUGGCGCUGAGGAAAAGGUUCCUGGCGAUGAGGACAAGAUUCCUGGCGGUGAGGACAGGGUUCCUGGCGCUGAGGACACGGUUCCUGGCGAUGAGGACAAGGUUCCUGGCGGUGAGGACAAGGUUCCUGGCGCUGAGGAAAAGGUUCCUGGCGCUGAGGAAAAGGUUCCUGGCGGUGAGGACAGGGUUCUUAGCGUUGAAGACAGGGUUCCUGGCGCUGAGGACACGGUUCCUGGCGGUGAGGACAAGGUUCCUGGCGAUGAGGUCAUGGUUCCUGGCGGUGAGGACACGGUUCCUGGCGGUGAGGACAAGGUUCCUGGAGGUGAGGACAAGGUUCCUGGCGGUGAGGACAAGGUUCCUGGCGGUGAGGACAAGGUUCCUGGCGCUGAGGACAAGGUUCCUGGCGGCGAGGACAGGGUUCCUGGCGGCGAGGACAGGGUUCCUGGCGUUGAGGACAAGGUUCCUGGCGUUGAGGACAAGGUUCCUGGCGUUGAGGACAAGGUUCCUGGCGGUGAGGACAAGGUUCCUGGCGCUGAGGACAAGGUUCCUGGCGCUGAGGACGAGGUUCCUGGCGGUGAGGACGAGGUUGCUGCGGGUGAGGACAAGGUUCCUGGCGAUGAGGACAAGGUUCCUGGCGAUGAGGACAAGGUUCCUGGCGCUGAGGACAAGGUUCCUGGCGCUGAGGAAAGGGUUCAUGGCGUUGAGGACAAGGUUCAUGGCGUUGAGGACAAGGUUCAUGGCGUUGAGGACAAGGUUCCUGGCGUUGAGGACAAGGUUCCAGAAGGUGAGGACAAGGUUCCUGCCGCUGAGAACAAGGUUUCUGCCGGUGAGGACAAGGUUUCUGCUGGUGAGGACAAGGUUCCUGGCGUUGAGGACAAGGUUCCUGGCGCUGAGGACGAGGUUCCUGGCGGUGAGGACGAGGUUCCUGGGGGUGAGGACAAGGAUCCUGGCGAUGAGGACAAGGUUCCUGGCGCUGAGGACAAGGUUCCAGGAGGUGAGUACAAGGUUCCUGCCGCUGAGAACAAGGUUUCUGCCGGUGAGGACAAGGUUUCUGCUGGUGAGGACAAGGUUCCUGGCGCUGAGGACAAGGUUUCUGGCGCUGAGGACGAGGUUCCUGGCGGUGAGGACGAGGUUCCUGGGGGUGAGGACAAGGUUCCUGGCGAUGAGGACAAGGUUCCUGCCGCUGAGGACAAGGUUCCUGCUGGUGAGGACAAGGUUUCCGCCGGUGAGGACAAGGUUCCUGGCGGUGAGGACAAGGUUCCUGGCGUUGAGGACAAGGUUCCUGGCGCUGAGGACAAGGUUCCUGGCGCUGAGGACAAGGUUCCUGGCGGUGAGGACAAGGUUCCUGGCGGUGAGGACAACGUUCCUGGCACUGAGGACAAGGUUCCUGGCGGUGAGGACAAGGUUCCUGGCGGUGAGGACAAGGUUCCUGCCACUGAGGACAAAGUUCCUGGCGGUGAGCACAAGGUUCCUGGAGGUGAGGACAAGGUUCCUGACACUGAGCACAUGGUACCUGGCAGUGAGGACAAGGUUCCUGGCGCUGAGGACAAGGUUCCUGGCGCUGAGGACAAGGUUCUUGGCGGCGAGGACAAGGUUCUUGGCGGCGAGGACAAGGUUCCUGGCGGUGAGCACAAGGUUCCUGGCGGUGAGGACAAGGUUCCCGGUGCUGAGGACAAGGUUCCUGGCGGUGAGGACAAGGUUCCUGGCGGUGAGGACAAGGUUCCUGGCGGUGAGCACAAGGUUCCCGGUGCUGAGGACAAGGUUCACGGCGGUGAAGACAAGGUUCCCGGCGGUGAGGAUUGGUUCCCGGCGGUGAGGACAAUGUUCCUAGUGCUGAGGACAAGGUUCCUGGUGCUGAGGACAAGGUUCCUGGUGCUGAGGACAAGGUUCCUGGCGCUGAGGACAAGGUUCCUGGCGCUGAGGACAAUGUUCCUGGCGCUGAGGACAAUGUUCCUGGCGGUGAGAACAAGGUUCCUGGCGGUGAGGACAAUCUUCCUGGCGGUGAGGACAAUGUUCCUGGCGGUGAGGACAAGGUUCCCGGCGGUGAGGAUUGGUUCCCGGCGGUGAGGACAAUCUUCCUAGUGCUGAGGACAAGGUUCCUUGUGCUUAGGACAAGGUUCCUGGUGCUGAGGACAAGGUUCCUGAUGCUGAGGACAAGGUUACUGGCACUGAGGACAAGGUUCCUGGCGCUGACGUCAAGCUUCCUGGCACUGAAGACAAGGUUCCUGCUGAGGACAAGGUUCCUGGCGUUGAGGACAAGGUUCCUGGCGGUGAGGACAAGGUUCCUGGCGGUGAGGACAAGGUUCCUGGCAGUGACCACAAGGUUCCUGCCACUGAGGACAAGGUUCCUGGCGGUGAGGACAAGGUUCCUGGAGAUGAGGACAAUGUUCCUGACGCUGAGGACAAGGUACCUGGCGGUGAGGACAAGGUUCCUGGCGCUGAGGACAAGGUUCCUGGCGCUGAGGACAAGGUUCCUGGCGGUGAGGACAAUGUUCCUGGCGGUGAGGACAAGGUUCCUGGCGCUGAGGACAAGGUUCCUGGCGCUGAGGACAAGGUUCCUGGCGGUGAGGACAACGUUCCUGGCACUGAGGACAAGGUUCCUGGCGGUGAGGACAAGGUUCCUGGCGGUGAGGACAAGGUUCCUGCCACUGAGGACAAACUUCCUGGCGGUGAGGACAAGGUUCCUGGAGGUGAGGACAAGGUUCCUGACACCACAGUUAAUUGAAGGGGAUGGUUAGGCUAGCCGGCAAACUUCAAAAGGGGCGGCAAAUUAUGUUGAGGUUCAAAGGAAAAACUAGUCACGUGCACAAUAAGGUGCAUCAUGUUGAUUUCCGGUUGAUUUCAAUGUAUUAAAUUACAGUGUCAAAUUACAUUAGGCUGUAUAAAACUCUCAAUAGUGGGCUUGUUUCACGCCUAAAAGGAAAGAAAACGCUAUGGAGAGUGAAAUAGAUAUUGAGGAAGAAUACAAUUUGUCUGAUGAGUAUGUUGAUGACCCCAGUGAGCAUUACGAAACGGAGACGUGGUUCGAAACGCCAGCCGAUGACUUGUCAGAUGAUGCAUUUUAUUUAAAUUUGUCUGUCGCUGUUGUUGAAGCUGAAAGUGAUGAGAUCGAUGCUGAAUUUGUUGAGGCUGUGACAGAAAUCGAAG